AUGUCGGAGAGCCCAAAUAAUGCUUUUGGCUUAAGACAGGAGGAGGAGGAGGAUGUUAAUGAUGUGAAUACUCCAGUAAAUCAACAAAUGGAAGAUGAUUCAAAUGUUUAUACUCCUCGUAAUUUUUUAUCUUCUCCCGCAACCGUGGCUUCCUCUUUGGCUACACCCAGAUCGAUAUCUUCAUCAAGGUCUCCUUUGUCACGUAGAUCUCGAGGGUCACUUUCCAAUACACCGCGAAGAUUACAUGCUUCUACACCACAGAGAAAACCAAUCGACACUGAAAAUUUAGCCGAAGACCCCGAAACUGAUAUUCUGAAAGAGUAUUAUGAUGGAAUAAAUUCUGGAUCUGCUACGCCCAGGACUCCAAGAAGGCAACAACGACGCGGUGAUAUUCACAGCGCUCGUUCGUCUAAACGCUUUAUCGAUCUUGACAUCAAUGAAGAUCACGAAGAUGUAACGAUGCUUGAAGAUCAAGAAAGGGAAAAUCGAAAGGAUCAAAUUUGGGGUACAACUAUUAAAGUGGAAGAAGUUAGAGAAACCUUUAAAAAAUUUCUCAAAGAAUUUAAAUUGGCGGAUCGGAAGCUUAGAGAUGGCCUCCCAGUUUUAGAAUCUGACAAUAAAUCAUUUUAUAUUGAUUAUUUAGAGAAUAUUGAAAAAACGGAAGUGUUUAAAUUUAAUCUUGAUACCCAAAAUCUUCUCGCGUUUGAAGAUACAUACAAGUUGUAUUAUCAAAUUAUUCGGUAUCCUCAAGAAAUAAUUCCGAUACUUGACUACGUUAUUGCGCAAAUGUACGCAGAAUUGUAUAAGAAGGAACCAACAGAGGAUCUCAGGGUUCGUCCAUACAAUCUAGGAAUUUCUAAAAAUAUGCGUGAAUUGAACCCAGCAGAUAUUGAUCAGUUGGUCUGUAUCAAGGGUCUUUUGAUUCGAUCAUCGCCUAUCCUGCCCGAAAUGGCAGUUGCCUUCUUUCGAUGUUCAAUAUGCGACAAGUCCGUGGAAAUUGAAGUUGAUCGUGGCAAGAUUGAUGAGCCAUCUAGAUGCCCUAGAAAACAAUGUAAUUCAUCUGGUACAAUGACUUUGAUUCACAACAGAUCUGUUUUCAAGGAUAAGCAAGUAUGUCGGUUACAGGAAACUCCAGAUUGUAUUCCUGACGGUCAGACUCCACAUACUGUUUCUUUAUGUUUAUAUGACGAUUUGGUUGACAUUGCACGUCCUGGUGAUAAGAUUGAGUUAACUGCCAUAUAUCGGUCAUCUCCAAUUCGUGUCAAUAAUCGACAACGCACCAUUAAAUCGUUGUUUAAGACAUAUCUUGAUGUCGUUCAUAUUAGGAGAUCCGAAAGAAUUCGUAAUAAUGAUGACAAUGAUUUUACACAAAACUAUCAUGGACUUGAAAAUGAAGUUGAGGAAAUGGAGGAUGGGCCAGAUCAAUUAUUAAUGUUUGGUAGUGGACCAAAACGAAAGCAACCAAAGUUCUCUGAAGCCGACAAACAAUAUUUUGAUGAUUUGUCAAAGAAUCCUCUUUUAUAUGAAACACUGGCACAUUCUUUAGCUCCUAGUAUUUUCGGAAUGGAUGAUGUAAAAAAGGGUAUUCUUUUACAAUUAUUUGGUGGUACUAAUAAACAAUUUAAGAAGUCUGGUUCCCCUCAUUUCAGAGGGGACAUAAAUAUUCUUUUGGUCGGUGAUCCCGGUACUAGUAAAUCACAAAUGCUUCAGUAUGUACAUAAAAUUGUACCACGUGGUAUUUACACUUCCGGUAAAGGUUCUUCCGCUGUAGGUUUAACAGCAUAUGUAACAAGAGAUCCGGAUACGAAACAAAUGGUUUUGGAAAGUGGUGCAUUGGUUUUAAGCGAUGGUGGUAUAUGUUGCAUCGACGAGUUUGAUAAGAUGUCGGACGGGACACGAGCCGUUCUUCAUGAAGUCAUGGAACAACAAACUGUGUCAGUUGCGAAAGCUGGAAUCAUUACAACUCUUAAUGCGCGAACUUCCAUUCUUGCUUCUGCUAAUCCUAUCGAUUCAAAAUAUGAUCCAAAAAAAUCUAUAGUGAGAAACAUUGACCUACCACCGACUUUGAUGUCUAGGUUUGACCUUAUUUAUCUUGUGCUAGAUAAGAUUGACAGGCGUGCCGAUAGGGAACUUGCAACACAUUUAGUAUCUUUAUAUGCUGAAGAUACUCCUUUCUCAGCUGGUGUUAAUAUUUUGCCUAUUGAAAUUUUGGCGAAAUAUAUUCAAUAUGCUCGUAUUCAUUAUAAUCCGAUCAUUGGAAGUGAUGAAGCGCAUAAAGCACUGGUUGACGCUUACGUAUCGCUACGAAGAUUAGGACAAGACCCACGUUCUUCGGAAAAAAUAGUUACAGCCACUACCAGGCAACUAGAAUCCAUGAUUCGAUUAGCCGAAGCAUACGCUCGAAUGAGGUUGUCAAAUACUGUUGAAAUUGCUGAUGUUAGAGAAGCCGAACGACUUCUUAGGGAAGCCAUAAAACUUUCAGCUUUGGAUCCCGAAACCGGAAGAAUCGACUUGGAUUUGAUCACUACGGGAUAUGGAAGUUAUGAGAGACGGUUGUUAACAGUUAUGCGUGAUGAAUUCCAAAAGAUGAUUGACCGUACGAAAGUAACAAACAUUAAUUGGAAGAAAGCAUUGGAAGAAUUUAAUGAACAAUCUGAUGUGAAAAUUGACGAAAAACAAUUUGAGACCAUGAUUCAUUCAUUAGAACAAGAAGGAAUAUUAAGACUAACUGGAAGUGGAAAUGAUCGUACAAUAAUAACUUUAAGUGAUGAUGAUUAA